AUGACACGCUGCUUGAAUAUACUUGCCAACCCCCUCCGCUUUUCUGUAUCACCGGCGCAAUCUCGGCAUCCUGUCCCAUUUUUCCAAUCCCUUCCGCAACGACCAAAAGGGCAAAAGGUCGACCUGAGCCCCUUUGGACGCCUGGGCUCCACAAUGGCCGAAUACCAUCGCAUCGAGUACAACUGGGUUAAGGGCGUGGAGUCACUUGAUGAAUACCGGCCUGGAGGUUAUCAUCCCGUUAUGGUCGGGGACGUCCUACAAGACCGAUAUCACAUUGUAGACAAGCUUGGUUUUGGAGGCUAUUCGACGGGUUGGCUUGCCCGGGACACUCGUCUACAGCCAUAUGUUGCUGUCAAGAUCAACACAGCAAACUCUCUUCGGCGCGAGGCAAAGAUUCUCAAGGCUCUAUCUGCUCCACUCUCUGGGUCUUCGCCCGUACACCCUGGGCGCGAUAUUCAUUUGAGCAACAUUUUGAUCAAGCUUCCAUCAAGUUUCGACGAGCUUUCUAUCAAGCAACUAUAUGAAAAAUAUGGCGAACCUGAGGCAGUACCUGUUACUCGAUGUGACGGUGAGCCAUUGCCCCCUAAUGCUCCGACCAAGGCCUUUUUGCCCUUGUUCCUAGGCAAAUAUGCGGAGAAGUUCUCAUUAUCCGACGCGCACGUCCUUCUAAGCGACUUUGGUGAGGCUUUUUCUCCAGCCACGGAAACUCGUCUAGGACGAGACUGCCAUACUCCACCCGCGUUCCGAGCUCCAGAAGCCAAAUUCGAAUCACAGAACCCGCUCGGAUAUCCCUCAGAUAUCUGGAGUCUCGCUACGGCAAUCUGGGAGAUCAUUGGAAUGAAGGCAAUUUUUAGCACCGAUUUUGUGCAUGAGGAUGAGAUAGUGUCUCAGCAUGUAGAUGUACUGGGCCCUAUGCCUUCCGAUUGGUGGCAGAACUGGGAAGGACGGUCUCGAUUCUUCGAUGAGUAUGGGUGUCCAACAGACGUUACCACGCACCUCCUGGAGCGGAAUGCCUCUCCAGACACGCUCCUCGAUCGCCUGGAGGAGAUCUACGGCGACCCGAACCUUCGGGCACGGGCCGCCCGACGGCUGCACAACAUCAAGCAGCGUGACGAACAGGCCUUUGCCAAGUUCCUUCCCCAGCUAGAGCGUGAGUUUGCCGACGCCGGAGCCCUGGAUUGGAACGACGAGGCGAAACGGCAGAUUCUGCUUGGUGCACUGAACAGCACCAUGCUCGACGCCCUUUGCAACCGAGGCGUGCCGAGCUCCUUUCAGGCGGUCAUUCGCCGGUUGCACGAGAUCAGCACCGAUCUCGACAUGCGUGACUUGGCGAAACGCACCACACCACGAGGCAACCCAUCCUCCCGCCCUGAGGACCAGGCACUGAUUGGGAAGCGUGCCAAGUGGGUCACGAGUGGAGAGCUGGAGGCCCGAAAGAGAGAAGGACGCUGCCUCCGCCGCGGACGAGAUGGAUCCUGGAUCAAUCGUUGUCCCCUUGCUGCCGCCAAGCGCCCCACUGACGCCACACGGCCUCGGGUGACUACCGCCACCACGAGCAAGGAACGCACGCAAGUGCGAACGGCUACUGUAGAAGAUGUGUCGUCGGAGGACGAGGAGGAGUCGGAAAACGAGUAG